GAUAUGUGCUGCUUUCUUUUGUAGUACUUUAUACAUACACACUAGAAAAAUAGAAGAUAAGUAAUAUAAAAAAUGGAAAAAGUUUUGACACCUGUGGUUCAACUAUGCUUCCAACGACAUGUUGAAGUUCUUAUUAUGGUCUUCACAACUUGUUUUGCUCUGAUGUCUCAUUUAUAUUUUGGUUACCAUGGUAACCACAACAUAAUAACAAGAAAGGAAAAUAAUAUGAGCCUUUCUCAACUACUCUUGUAUGAUGCUAUAGUUUUCAACAUAUCCAUUUUGCAUGCAUUUAUACAAAUGUCAAGAAUCACACGGAAGACAUUUACUUCACAGAAAAAGAUUAUUAUACGUAACAUUCUUGUAUAUUGCGUGUUGAAUUGUUUGUGUUACUCUUGUCUUGUUUUGCUGUUAAUACCAGAAAAGUCAUAUUUGUUACGGUUUGGUUUACCAACAAUUUUAUUUCUGUUUGAUUGGGAUAAAUGUGGACGAAUCUCACGUUCGUUGUUAUUUUGGCAACACAAGGUUAACAGUCAAGAUGAUUUUGUUGAAAAGACAACGUCACUGGGAAGUAAAUUGUUCACAAAAACAAUCAUCAAGUGUUUAUUCAUCACUUUUGGUGCUCUGUCAGGUUUGGAAGAAUUGGAGCAUUUGUGUGUGUUGACAUGUUUGGCGAUGAUUGUUCACAGUGUUACAUUUGUCACCUUGUUUCCCGCGUUGUCAAGCAUACAACUUCAGAUCUUAAAUCCAACACUAAAAGACAAUGAUGUACCUUCAGCUAAAAUAUAUGCAAAUUCAAUGUUUGAUGAAUCAAUACCAGAAAUACCAGCCAACCCUGUUGGAGCUUAUGCUAGAUUAGUUAUGUGUUGUUCUGUAAUAACCUUACAUGGCAUCAACUGCAUCACAUAUCUACUAAAUAACAAGUUACUGACAUCAUAUGUUAUUUUACCAAGGUGUUGGAAUGUAUCAGCUGAACAGCUCUAUGUGACAGUAAUGAUAAUGACACUGGCGUACAAGUAUUUAUCUCACGAGUUGAUGAAGUCGCUUCCCAGAAGAUCUUUGAAAAAACACGAAACAAGCUCACCAAUCAAUGCAGCAGGUGUACUGUCACCAUCAUUAGAUCUUAUAAAGACUUCUUUAAACAAAUUUUCCAAUGAAGAAAUAGUAGAAUUAUGUAAAAGUAAAAAAGUUCCAUUGCACAAUUUGGAAGUGCAGUUAAAAGAUUUUCAGCGAGCUGUUAACAUAAGGCGCAUGUAUGUAGCUGAAAAACUAGGUGAUGGAGGAGACUCUUUAGAAGACUUACCAUGGAAACUGUAUGAUUAUGAAAAGGUGUAUGGUGCAUGUUGUGAAAAUGUAAUUGGGUACUGUGCUUUGCCAGUCGGAGUUGCAGGUCCUCUUAUCCUUGAUGGGGAUGAAUAUUUUGUUCCUAUGGCAACAACUGAAGGAUGUCUUGUUGCAAGUACAAACCGUGGAUGUUCAGCUUUGAGGACUUCUGGUGGAGUUUCCAGUCAUUUACUUGGUGAUGGAAUGACACGAGGACCUGUAGUUAGACUUCCAACGGCCAAAGAAGCUUGUGAAGUGAAGCAGUGGAUUGAGAAUGAAGAUAACAUGUCUUUACUAGAAGAAGCAUUUAAUCAAAGUAGCAGAUUUGCUGAGCUUCAAAGUGUGAAAUGUGUUGUUGCAAGUCGGUUGUUAUUCAUUCGCUUUAAAUCCUCCACCGGAGAUGCAAUGGGGAUGAAUAUGGUAUCCAAGGGAGCUGAACAUGCCUUACGCUAUCUGAAGGUACAGUUUCCAAACCUCGAGAUUGUCAGUGUUAGUGGGAACUACUGCACUGACAAGAAACCAUCAGCUAUUAAUUGGAUCGAUGGGCGUGGUAAGAGUGUCGUUUGUGAAGCUGUAAUACCUGGUGAAGUUGUAAAGAAGACUCUUAAGACGAGUGUAGAAGCUUUAAUUGACGUGAAUAUAAAUAAAAAUCUGAUUGGAUCCGCCAUGGCAGGUAGUAUUGGAGGACAAAAUGCGCAUGCUGCUAAUAUAGUCACUGCUAUCUUUAUCGCCACUGGACAGGAUCCUGCACAAAAUGUCGUCAGUUCAAACUGUAUUACUUUACUUGAAGCAAGUGGAACAAACAAAUCUGAUCUUUAUAUAAGUUGUACAAUGCCUUCUUUGGAGACUGGCACUAUAGGUGGUGGAACGAAUCUUCCUACACAACGAGCAUGUCUUCAGAUGCUCGGUGUUCAUGGAAGCGGAGACAUUAUCGGUGAAAAUUCGCAGCGUCUCGCUCGUAUUAUAUGCGCAACUGUAUUGGCCGGAGAACUUUCCUUGUUAUCUGCCUUAGCGACGAAUAAUUUAGUUCGUAGUCAUAUGAAAUUGAACAGACAAACUCAAGAAGGACAGGAGAAAGAUGGAUUGAGUAAUAAAGUUCCAUGCCCAGUAUUAUAGUAUUAUUUUAUUUUAGAAUUUUACAGAUAGAUUAUAUUUGCAUUUUGUGUGCGUUAUAUUUCACGUUUUUACUUUCAAUGUUACUUAAUAAUUUUAAACACUUAGAUAAUUAAAUUCAGGUAAACGUCAGUGGCGUAUUUAUUUAUUACAACUAAUAUUUGCAGGUAUUAAUAUUCUCGCUUUUUGUAGAUUUUUGCUAAAUUUGCAAAAUUAUUUUUCCGUGAAAAUUCGUACCGCUAUGUUAUAAUGCUAUUCGUUGUUAGACCGUCGUAAGUCCACGGGAAUUCCUCUGUCGCUACUCACAGCUACCAUUUUGACUCACAAACAGAUGUUCGUGAGCAUAUUAAUAUAGAUCCAUAAAUGUCUGAAAAACAUUUUUAGAUAUAGGUGGAUAUUUAUCAUAGCACAUCCGUAUUUCAUUCUCAACAGAGAAUGUUUCACCCCAAUCUGGGGUGAAACAUUCUCGUGCGGCAAUAUGUAAGUGUAGUGGGUUCGUCUGCGGCUCCCAGUUUUGGGGACUGCGGAUCGAAUCCCGCUCACUGCCAGGCAGUAUGUUAGUGAUGAACAAAGUAGUUCUUCUACAAUAUAACAUUUUUAGACUUUUUUUUUCAAAUUUCUUAUAAAAAACAACGUACGCUGUAUAUCUCUGCUUGGUGUGAUCCCUUUUUUUACAUUUACUUUCUUUGUGUGUAAGUUAUUUAUUAAACUGAUAUCGGAUGAGGUGGAAUCGGUGUAAAGCUUGUGAUAUUUGACGAAGCGCAUCUGAAUCGAAUAUCAACAAAGCGAGACAAAUUUUAACAUUAUUUUUUCGGCCGCUCUUCUUCGUCGAGAUUAUUUAGGAUUAAUUUGUUUUUUAUGAAGGAGUGUCAAUUAUUUCAUAUCCAAUAUCUAAAAAUAUUUGACAGAGUAAUUUGCUUGCGAGUGGAUUAUAAAUGAAGUUAUAAGUAGCUUAGUGCACCAGCUAAGUUCGUUAUUUGGUCACAAGUGACUAAACUCUUUUUGGGUGGGAUGAUCAUAAGUUCGCAAUCGGGUUUAAACCCCACUAGCACAUAUUAUUUUUAACAAAGCUAUUUCUUAAGGUUGUUAUAAAGUGUUAUUUUUUGAAUAUAUAGUUAUGGUAGCUAGUGUGAGAAGAAAAGCUUUAACAAAAA